AUGAUUUCUGCUGGCUUCCUGGCCAUCCUGUACUUGGGAGUAGCCUCUGCUGCUCCAUCACAUGAUUACACUUUAGAUGCUGAGUGGGAGCAGUGGAAGAGGAGCUAUGAGAAAACCUACAGCCCAGAAGAGGAAAAGCAGAGGAGAGCAGUAUGGGAAGAAAAUGUGAAAAUGUUCAAAUUGCACAGUGGGGUGAAAGGUCUGUGGAUAAACAACUUCACUAUAGAAAUGAAUGAAUUUGGUGACAGGACUGAUGAAGAAAUGAGGACAAUGAUGAAUAACAGUUCAGUUCUGACUCUAAGAAAUGGGAAACACAUCCAGAAACGUGGGGAUGUUACAAUCCCCAAUACUUUGGAUUGGAGAAAGGAAGGCUAUGUGACUCCUGUGAGAAAUCAGGGAGCAUGUGGUGUAUGUUGGGCUUUUGCUGUGGCUGGUUCUUUAGAAGGACAGCUGUUCAGGAAAACAGGCAAACUGAUCCCACUGAGUGUACAGAACCUAGUGGACUGCUCUCGAUCUUUUGGCACUAAUGGCUGUAUUGAUGGCAAAGCUUAUGGUGCCUUCCAAUAUGUGAAGAACAAUGGAGGUCUGGAGGCUGAGGCCACAUAUCAAUAUGAAGCCAAGGAAGGACCCUGCAGGUACCGUCCUGAGCGUUCUGUUGUUACGGUCUCCCGUGUUUUGGGUGUCCCAAAGACUGAAGAAGCCCUAAUGAAUGCUCUAAUAACUAAUGGGCCCAUCAUUAUUUCAAUAGAUGCUGCACAUGAAUCUUUUGAUAAAUAUACAGGAGGUAUAUAUCAUGAACCAAACUGCAGAAGUAAAAAACCUAACCAUAGUAUGUUGCUAGUUGGCUUUGGCUAUGAAGGCAAAGAGUCAGAAAACAAGAAAUACUGGCUGGUAAAGAACAGCUAUGGUAAAAGAUGGGGAGAAAAUGGUUACAUGAAGAUUCCCAGAGACCAGAACAACUACUGUGGAAUUGCUUCCUAUGCUAUGUACCCUGUACUGUGA